CACACUCGGUGUUUUUCGGCCCGGUCCCGCUGAUGUAUUGCGUGGCUGUCUUGGCGGUACGAGAUCGGGGCAUUCUUUUGGUAGAGCCGCAAGCAGGACAACAUUCCCAUAGGGUUGCUAUUUUCAACCACAGGUAUCUAGAUAAUGUAGGUGCCGUACACGGCAAAGAAAAGGUAUGGAUUACCAGAUGGACGCGCGGCAUAUCAGUCCCAGUGGCGUCUCUAGUCUCGAACACGGCAGUUGGACGAUGUUGUUGCUCAACAGGAACCCAACAGCCAGAUGCCUGACGACAAUCCGAGCUUUUUUUUCUUUCAUUCUUGCUCUGAUCAUCCCAACUCAACUUUGCUCGGUCGAGGAGCUAGCGACCUCGGGGCUAAAGCCAGACCUACAGCGUCCGUCAUAGCUCGGCGCCCAUAGCCUUCCGUUGUCGUCUUAACGUUUGGCAGACCGAAAGAUUGGACUGCUUGGACUCAGCACUAGUUGGUCCGCUUGAAGAUCCCGCACCUCCACCUCUGCCGUCUGCCGUAUCGCCCGGGUGAGAUAUGUUAUUUGUUGUUUUCUCGUUGUAUCGGCCUCGCUGAGGUACUUGUCGAUCGGUAUAACGCAGGGGGUGAUAUAAACCCCCCUCCCACCAUCCCUUGUUUUUCCUGUCUUGUGUUGUCUCAUCCCAACCGCUUCACUUCUCUUCCCCACCUCCCACCUCACCUUGUUAUCCUCCUCUGCUUCAACCUCAUCGUCAACGCUACUGCUCUCUUAUUGUCUCUUCCUUGACCAUCAAAAUGAGACCCUCAACCGUGACGGCCUUCCUUGCCCCGGCGGCCGCCAACGCCCAGUGGUACGGCGGUGCCCCCGAGUGCGCUCAAUCCUGCAUGUCCUCCCUCUGGGACGCAGACUCCACUUGGCCAGCACCAACCUCCUACUGCGCCGAGCCAACCCAGGCCGCCCCCUUGAUCUCCUGCAUCUCCUCCGCCUGCUCCGCCUCCCCCACGGCGGUAACCUCCUACUCCUCCCUCUCCGCCUCCCUCUGCGCCCAGUGGGCCUCCUGCUCCGCCGCCGGCUCCACCGGCGUCCUGACCGUCUCCGCUCCCGCCUUCACCGGCGCCUGGGGUUCCGGCCGCGGCUCCAACGCCUGGGGCGGGGACGGGGAGUGGACAAAGACCUGGGCUGGCGGUGUCUACACCGUUACCGGGUGCGAAUGGAACGGCAACCCUUGGGCUGGCGGCCCGGGCGGCUGGGGACCGGGAGGCGAGGCGGGUGGUAGCCCUUGGGGUCCUUGGGGUAAGGGGUGGAAGUGGAGCACCGAGACUCAGACGGUGACGAGAGUGUUCACGGGGGUUGAUAAUGGAGUCACCAGCUUCAGCACCUCCAUUGGGUUGGCGACGGUGGCGGUGGCGGUGAGCGGGGACAGCACCACUACGAGCUUUCUGGCGCAGGCGACGGGGAAUGCCGCCGCGGAGGGGAGUAAGGUUGAUAGCGGGGUCAGGAUCAUGGGUGCGGUUUUGGGUGGCGUGGUUGCUGUGGCUGGGUUGCUUUGAAAAGAAGAUGACCUGGUUGCUGUGUUAUCUUUCUUCUUGUGAAGAUGCUCUAUUUCUUGGGUUAACAUUGUUAUGGGUUAUGGCAAGCAGAUAAUCAAGCCAUUAAUAUUUGUAACGGAUACUGAUAUACUGCCCUACGGGCUUGUUUUCUCAGAAAUCGAUACCGACAAGCCCGUCUUUGACUGGUCCCUUCGAGGUCUUCACCCAUCGUCACACCAAAAGCUGUCUACUAGAUCCGUUCGGUAGAUCGUUCUGUGUUGUAUAGGCCGUUCAGGGAUCGCUUUGCUUCGUGGUGACCAGUAUCAAGCC